CAGACAAGGUCUCUGUCAUCCAGGCUGGAGUGCAGUGGUACAAACAUGGCUCACUGCAGCCUUGAUCUCCUGGGCUCAAGUGAUCCUCCCACCUCAGCCUCCUGAGUAGUUCAGACUACAGGCACGCACCACCAUGCCUGGUUAAUUUUUUGUAUUUUUGAUGGAGACCUUUUUAUAUUUUUGAUGGAUUUCACCAUGUUGCCCAGGCUGGUCUCGAACUCCUGAGCUCAAGCAAUCCGCCUGCGUCGGCCUUCCAAAGGGAAAGGAACAGCUCACUCAUGCCUGUUUCCAUGCAGAAGGAGGAGACUGCCCUGGGCCACAAUCUCCUCCUGCCCUGAGGAGACUGCCCUGGUCCAGAGGUCCCCAUCCCUCGAGCAAAGCCUGCAGAGAAUGCUGUUGGGACUUCAGCCUCUUAUGUUAGGGUUUCAACAAGUACCCAACUUGCUCCUUCUCUGGGAUGUCUAAUAUUUGUGGUGCCCCAUGCAGCGUCACGUAGCCCCAAACUCAGAGAGACGUCCACUCUUAACCCUCUUGGUUGCUGGGGCCUGGGAUCCACCAGGGAUCCUGGCCAGUGAGGAGGAGAAUGGAGAGGAGUCCACUUUCUCUGUCCACCGACUGUCUCAAUCACGGAAAAUGGGUGCUCUCCAGACACCCCCUCAGCCAUCCUUCCCGCACUCCCUGUGGACUUGUCAGCAGUGCAGGAAGCCUUCGGGUCUGGCCAGGAGAACUGUCAUUUAAGCUGCCAAACUCCCAGAUGCUCUGCUGGUCUCCAGAAUCAACAUAUUAUGAGUGCCUCACCCUCAGGCUAGGGAAGGGUUCCUCAACCUUAGCACUACUGACAUUUUGCACCUGAGAAUUCCUUAUUGUGAGGAUGGUCCUACGCAAUGUAGGAUGGUAAGCAGUAUCCCUGGCUUCUACGCAGUAGCUGCCAUGUUUACAGACACACCCCCCCACACCGCCAUGUGUCUCUAAACAUGGCUAAAUGUCUCCUGGGGGGCAAAAUUACCCUUGGUUGAGAACCCCUGACGUAGGCUAAUACCACGCGCUGUCUCUUUUUAGUGAGCUCCCCACAGUCAAUCCCGAAGACAAUAGAUUUCCAGUUCUAAAGUCUGCUCUCCCUUCCUCUACUGAAAACCCUCAUGAUCUUCAAUAGCUCCCCAUGCUCAUUUCCAAGCCAUUUGGCAUUCAAGUCCUCCUGCGUGGGCUGUCCCUGACCUAUCUGUUCAUUUUUAGCUGCCAUUUCCGCCUCCACUAUUCUUUUUGUUUGUUUGGCUGUUUGUUUGUUUUGUUGUGGCAGGGUCUCAUUCUGUUGCCCAGGCUGGAGUGCAGUGGCACGAUCUUGGCUCACUGCAACCUCCGCCUCCGAGGUUCAAGCGAUUCUCCUGCCUCAGCCUCUGGAGUAGCUAGGAUUACAGGCGCACACCACCACACCUGGCUCACUUUUGUAUUUUAGGUAGAGACAGGGUUUCACCAUGUUGGCCAGGCUGAUCUCGAACUCCUGACUUCAAGCAAUCCUCUCACCUUGGCCUCCCAAAUUGCUGGGAUUACAGUGUGAGCCACCACAGCCAGACACUAUUCUUGAACCGUAGCCAAUGGUGGGUAUCUCACUACUCCCAUCCAUCCAUUCAUCCAUCUAUCUUCAUCCCUGCAGUAAUCUCAAGACAAGGGGUGGGAGGUGGGAGAAGAACCAUCCCAGAGGGCUCUCCCCAUAUGUGUUCCUGAAUUCUGCUGUCUGGGUCAGGUCUGGCCUGUCCAGCUUUGGAAGAGGCAGGCUGUGAGGCCUCUGACCUCACAAAGGACUGUCAUGAACUCCAACAUCCCCGCAGUCCCCCCACCCUGCAGAUAAGAUGACUGACACAAAGAUGCGGGAUCUGCUUCUCGUCCUUCCACUUUUACUCAUCAAUGCCUUCAUCACCAUUAUACUUAUUUACUGAGCACUUCCUAGAUGCCAGGUUCUGUGCUCAGCACUUCAUUUCCAUUGCCUUAUUUAAUCUUUACAAAGACCCCAAGAUACCUCAUGGCACUAUUAUUUUUCUGAUUUUGUAGGAAAGCAAAUUAGAUUUUAGAAAAGUUACGUCACUAGCUCAAGGUUGCCGGCUCCAGUUGCCGCCCUUCUACCAUCAUCCUUUUCUAAUGUUUUUGGGCCAGAAGGGACACUAUUCCCUUCCCAGGCCUUCCCAAGAGUGUCCAAGCCCCCGGGUAUGCACACAUCCCAGGACAGGCUGCUCCCAGGUUGCCUGAGCUGGUGACGCUUUUGUUUCCCACUCUAUCCCUCCAAAUGGCCGCUUUCUGGAGCUGCUAAAAGGAAGGAGGCACUGGCGGGAAGGGGGGCAAGGGGGACAGUAUCUCACUGGGCCUAAUCUCUGGACAAUGAAGAACUAGAGAACUGACCUUCUAGAAGUCAGGACAAAGGGCAGGGCCAGGGUGCGCAGGGCCCAGCUGCCCCUCCUCCUCCCCACCAACCCAAGUCCCUGCAGCAGCACCAUCAUCCACCUUCCCAGCAAGCUCCCCACUCUGCCCCGGGCUGGGCCUGGCUUGGCUUGAAGCCCUCACCUCAGCUGGCACCAACAAGGGGGCUGGGAGUCCACUCUGGAGGGCUGGGAAGAAGGGCUACUUUAGGGAGUGGAUUCUGGAGGGGGUCGCCACCCCCUCAUCGACAGACCACGGGGAGAAAAUCCUUCUGGGGUGAUUGGCGGGGUCGUCUGGUGGGGGUGGGGGAGGUUCAGGGCUAGGACCACCCAGUUUGGAGCCGGGAGGGACCCAGCAGAUUAGAGACCUGGGUAAGGCAGCUGCGCAGGGCUGUAAUUACCCUAGAGGAGCAGGGAAGACACAAGCCCAGGAUGCCGGAGCAAGGGCGGCAGCAAGGCUCCAGGACCUCUCCCCAGCCCAGCCAUCAGCAGGGGAGAGAAAGCGAAGCCCUUUCAGGGGCCUCCUUGUGACUCUCCUUCAUGCCUCCCGACGUCCCCAGGGCCGCUUUGGUUUAGGUGGGUUUGAGAAAGAAUUUGGACUCGAAGCUGCCCUCUCAGCCCCAGCGCCAGAGCCCCCAAACUCCAGGGUGGGAAAAGGGAGUCCCAGCCCUGCUCCCCCUCUCCCCCAGUCCCCGCGGCGGGUGAGUCACCCGAGCGCUCCCUACAUAGUCCUCUGGCGCUGCGGCGCGUACCAAGGCGCGGACGCAGGGGGAGGCAUCUGGCGCGGCGAACUCCUGGAGCCGUGGCGCCCGCUCGGCCGUGGCCGUGGAAGAGGCGCCGGAAGGCUGCGGGCGCGGGGCUCCGGGGCGGGGGCGGCGCGGACGGCGCGGGCGCGCGGGGCUGGGUCCCGGGGCGCUGCUGGGGCGGACUCCCCCGCGUCGAACUUGGUACGCGCCAGCGAGAGGCCAGGCCCAGCCCGGGCGGUACAAUAGGGUUGGACCGAGGCCGGGACUGGGCCGGCGCCGGGCAGGGAACGGGAUCGCGGCCGCAGCCGAGAGACCCUGGGCAACCGGCACCUCCGAGCCUCGCGGGCCACCUGCCUCGACCUUCCCCGGAGCGCCCCCGCCUCCGAGUUGUUGCUUGCCGGGCCGGGCGUGAUGCGCCGCGGGACCCCUGUCCUGGCCGCUGGCCGCCGCCGCCGCCGCCGCUGAGACCCCGAGACCCCCAGUGACGCCGCAGCCAUGGAGAGCGGCCCGCGUGCGGAGCUGGGGGCGGGCGCACCCCCAGUUGUGGUCGCCAGGACCCCCCCAGAGCCAAGACCUUCUCCAGAAGGUGACCCUUCCCCCCCACCACCACCGAUGUCAGCCGUGGUCCCUGACACUCCCCCGGACACCCCACCUGCCAUGAAGAAUGCCACUAGCUCUAAGCAGCUUCCACUGGAACCAGAGAGCCUCUCAGGGCAGGUCGGGCCUAGGCCAGCCCCCGUGCAGGAAGAGUCCCCUUCCUCUGAAGCAAAGAGCAGAGGACCCACCCCACCAGCCACGGGCCCACGGGAUGCCAGACCUCCUGGAAGGAGCAGCCAGCCAUCUCCAACAGCAGUGCCAGCCUCUGACAGCCCUCCCACCAAGCAAGAGGUGAAGAAGGCAGGAGAGAGACACAAGCUGGCAAAGGAGCGGCGAGAAGAGCGGGCCAAGUACCUGGCGGCCAAGAAGGCAGUGUGGCUGGAGAAGGAGGAGAAGGCCAAGGCGCUGCGGGAGAAGCAGCUCCAGGAGCGCCGGCGCCGGCUGGAGGAGCAACGUCUUAAAGCCGAGCAACGUCGUGCAGCCCUGGAGGAACGGCAGCGGCAGAAGCUCGAGAAAAACAAGGAGCGCUAUGAAGCAGCCAUCCAACGGUCAGUGAAGAAGACAUGGGCCGAAAUCCGGCAGCAGCGCUGGUCCUGGGCAGGAGCCCUGCACCACAGCUCUCCAGGACAUAAGACCAGUGGGAGCAGGUGCUCCGUGUCGGCAGUUAACCUGCCCAAACACGUGGACUCUAUAAUCAACAAGCGGCUCUCAAAGUCCUCUGCCACGCUCUGGAACUCCCCCAGUAGAAAUCGCAGCCUGCAGCUGAGCGCAUGGGAGAGCAGCAUCGUGGAUCGUCUGAUGACGCCCACCCUCUCCUUCCUUGCUCGGAGUCGCAGCGCGGUCACACUGCCCCGCAACGGCCGGGACCAGGGUAGGGGCUGCGACCCUGGGAGAGGCCCUACGUGGGGCCGGGCAGGGGCCAUCCUGGCGCGCGGGCCGCAACCCGACCGCACUCAUCCCUCUGCAGCCGUGCCGGUGUGCCCGCGCUCGGCCUCCGCCAGCCCUCUGACGCCGUGCAGCGCCCCCCGAAGCGUGCACCGCUGCGCCCCCGCCGGUGAGCGCGGGGAGCGCCGCAAGCCCAGCGCCGGGGGCAGCCCCGCUCCGGUGCGCCGCCGGCCGGAGGCCUCGCCGGUGCAGAAAAAGGAGAAGAAGGACAAGGAGCGGGAAAACGAGAAGGAGAAGAGUGCACUAGCCCGGGAGCGCAGCCUCAAGAAGCGCCAGUCGCUGCCCGCCUCACCGCGCACCCGCCUCUCCGCCAGCGCCGCCUCAGAGCUCAGCCCCAAAUCCAAGGCCCGGCCAUCCUCUCCCUCCACAUCCUGGCACAGGCCUGCCUCCCCCUGCCCCAGCCCAGGGCCAGGCCACACUCUGCCUCCAAAGCCACCGUCCCCGCGAGGCACCACUGCAUCCCCCAAAGGGCGGGUUCGGAGGAAGGAGGAGGCAAAGGAGAGCCCCAGCGCCGCAGGGCCCGAGGACAAGAGCCAGAGCAAGUUCAGGGCCAGUGACGAGAAGGAGCCAGCAGCCCCAGCCUCACCGGCACCUUCUCCGGCGCCCUCGCCCACCCCAUCCCCGCCCCAGAAGGAGCAGCCCCCCGCGGAGACCCCUGCAGACGCUGCUGUCUUGACCUCACCCCCAGCCCCUGCUCCCCCGGUGACCCCUAGCAAACCAAUGGCCGGCACCACAGACAGAGAAGAAGCCACUCGGCUCCUGGCUGAGAAGCGGCGCCAGGCCCGGGAGCAGCGGGAGCGCGAGGAGCAGGAGCGGAGGCUGCAGGCAGAAAGAGACAAGCGAAUGCGAGAGGAGCAGCUGGCGCGGGAGGCCGAGGCCCGGGCGGAGCGGGAGGCGGAGGCCCGGAGGCGGGAGGAGCAGGAGGCACGAGAGAAGGCGCAGGCCGAGCAGGAGGAGCAGGAGCGGCUGCAGAAGCAGAAAGAGGAGGCCGAAGCUCGGUCGCGGGAAGAGGCGGAGCGGCAGCGUCUGGAGCGGGAAAAGCACUUCCAGCAGCAGGAGCAGGAGCGGCAAGAGCGCAGAAAGCGUCUGGAGGAGAUCAUGAAGAGGACUCGGAAGUCAGAAGUUUCUGAAACCAAGCAGAAGCAGGACAGCAAGGAGGCCAACGCCAACGGUUCCAGCCCAGAACCUGUGAAAGCUGUGGAGGCUCGGCCCCCAGGGCUGCAGAAGGAGGCUGUGCAGAAAGAGGAGCCCACCCCACAGGAGCCUCAGUGGAGUCUCCCAAGCAAGGAGUUGCCAGGGUCCCUGGUGAAUGGCCUGCAGCCUCUCCCAGCACACCAGGAGAAUGGCUUCUCCCCCAAGGGACCCUCUGGGGACAAGAGUCUGAGCCGAACACCAGAGGCACUCCUGCCCUUUGCAGAGGCAGAAGCCUUCCUCAAGAAAGCUGUGGUGCAGUCUCCGCAGGUCACAGAAGUCCUUUAAGAGGAUUUGCCUUGGAUCCGGGCACAGCUGUAAGGGCUCCUCUGCAUCACCUACCAGGAUGUCUGGAGGAGAAAAAGACAGAGCAAAGUUGGAAGUGGCCUGGGCCCCUGGGGGUGGGUCCUCUCUGUUGUUUUUAAUCUGCACCUUAUAGACUGAUGUCUUUUUGGCUGGAGCCAGAUCUGCCCCUCAGUGCAUUUGUGUGCUCGCACGCGCAGACAUCCCCUCUCCCCCAUACACACACAUACACUCACAGCCUCUCUGGCCUCUUCCCUUGGGGAGGGGCCACCUGUAGUAUUUGCCUUGGUUUGGUGGGGUACAGUGGAUGUGAAUACUGUAAAUAGCUUGUGCUCAGACUCCUCUGCGUGGAGAGGGUGGGUGCAGGAGGCAGACCCUCCCCGCAAAGCCCCCUGGGGAGAUCUUCCUCUCUCUAUUUAACUAUAACUGAGGGGGAUCCCAGGUCUGGGGAUGGGGGACACCUUGGGCCACAGGAUACUGGUUGCUUCAGGGGUACCCAUGCCCCCUGCCCUUGCCUGGAAUCAGUGUUACUGCAUCUGAUUAAAUGUCUCCAGAAAUAAAGUGAGAAUAAUUCUGCCAA